ACAAUUCACCACCCUCAUCUAACAUUAGAGAACAGACGUUCUGAUUCCAACACCUGCAAACGCCAUUUGCAAGACAUCUAGAUUCAGAUCUCUUCUCUUUCGUUUUCCUCGUCCCGGUUCCUGCAUUUCAUCUGCGUAUUCCUGCUAAUUUCUUCUCCUAUUUCCUCGGAUUCUUCUCAGAGAACAUAGGUGGUUCUAAAUUGGUAAAGGAGAUGACGGCAAAUUCUUUGGAUACAGAAAAGCUUGAACACAAGGGUUGAUUCAAUUGAGACAGGUAGUCAAGAAGUAGGUGGGUUGUCAUAGAGGGCCAUUUUCCUCACGGUGGUAUGACGAAAAGGGUACUGUCCCAGUGAAUACCCCAUUGAUUUAUGCAGAUUCAAGUGUGCAGCAUACUGGUCUCAAAUUGCCUUCACUUCAACUGGGUCAACUUGUAUAAAUUGCCAUUUUGAGGAGGAGAUAAACUGAUAUAUAAAGUGUCAGCAGACAAAUAUGCAAUCUAUAGGCGGGGAGACUGAGGCCCACUUUCCUGUUCACGUUGAGGGAAAUGAAAGUGAGAAAUAUGAACCUUUUAGUAUUGAGAACGAACCUGGGGGGAAUAUUAAUGGCGAUGACUGUGAAUCCUUUCACAAUGAUAUUCACAGUGAUAAAUAUAAUUCUCCGCGGCUAGAUGCAAAGAAUCCUCUAUCCAAUUCCAAUGUGGUCAAGACAUUAUUCUAUGUUCUUGUCUGGUAUACUUUUAGCCUUCUUUUGACUUUAUAUAAUAAAUCUUUAUUAGGAGAUCAUUUGGGCAGGUUCCCGGCUCCAUUGCUCAUGAAUACUGUUCAUUUUACAAUGCAAGCUGUUCUAUCCAAUUUGAUUACAUGCAUUUGGUCUAGUCGAUUCCAUCCUUCUGUUACUAUGACAUGGAGGGAUUACUUCACGAAAGUUGUCCCAACGGCUCUUGGAACAGCCUUGGAUGUUAAUCUAAGCAAUGCAUCCCUUGUCUCGAUAUCAGUCACAUUUGCUACCAUGUGUAAAUCCGGUUCUCCUAUAUUUCUCCUCCUGUUUGCUUUUGCUUUCAGGUUGGAAACUCCUAGCCUUAGACUUUCUGGCAUCAUCUUGAUUAUAUCUGUUGGAAUUUUAUUAACAGUUGCAAAGGAGACAGAAUUUGAAUUCUGGGGUUUCAUUUUUGUUAUGGUUGCUUCUGUUAUGUCUGGCUUCAGGUGGUCCAUGACGCAAAUUCUUCUUCAGCGAGAAGCAUAUGGGUUGAAAAAUCCUUUUACCCUGAUGAGCUACGUGACACCAGUGAUGGCCAUUGUGACUUUGAUGCUAUCUCUUGGUUUAGAUCCGUGGGAAGAAUUUACCAGUAAUGGAUAUUUCAAUAGUAUCUGGCAUGUUACUCGGAGUUUCUUGCUGAUGCUUUUUGGUGGAGCACUUGCCUUCUGUAUGGUAUUAACAGAAUAUAUCCUUGUCUCUGUCACUAGUGCUGUCACGGUUACAGUUGCUGGUGUUGUAAAGGAGGCUGUAACUAUAUUGGUUGCAGUAUUUUACUUCCAUGAUAAAUUUACCUGGCUCAAAGGAAUAGGUCUCAUCAUAAUAAUGAUUGGUGUCAGCUUGUUCAAUUGGUACAAAUACCAAAAGCUACAGAAGAAAUCUAGUGAAGAUAACGUGGUAAGCUCACAGUCAACAAAUGUUGAUGCCAAAUAUGUAAUUCUUGAGGAGAUGGAUGAGGAAGAUGGCCACCAUUGAUUGCCAAAUUACAUCGUCUGAAUCUUAGCAAAUUCAAGGUGCGAUCAUUUUGAACAGAUUUACUUGAAGUUUCAUAUAAAUUGCUAUUAAAGGAAUUUCUGUACGGGCUUUAGUCGCUGACCAUAUUCAAUUCCCAUGCCAGUAUUCUUGUUGCCCUAGUCGUUGGUCUUAGCUUCGAAAAGGUAUAAGCAAUUUUGUUGUGAAUGCUACCCAAAUUUGUGGCUCCUAUUGUUUAUGGGGUUUCAAAGGAUUACUGUCUUUUGACCGGAUGUUCUACUCAAGCUUUGUACUCUAAGUAUCGAUAUUAUUCUACUUUCUUUGGUUCAUGGUUUGUAUCUCAAAGUUGAUGGCAACUCAAAACCUAUUAUUUCUUUUACUUGUUCUCCCAUUUUAAAGAUUUGAAACGUACAGAACCACAGGGCAUCUUUUGCCAUUGAUGUGGAUAAA